AUGUUCUUUGCUCCCGCCUUCGUUACCCUCUCUGCCCUCGCUACCUUCGCUUUUGCACUUACUGGGCCCAAAGUUCUUGUACCUGCAAAGGAUCAGUGGUGGGUCGCAAAGUCCAGUAACGUCCUUACAUGGGAUUGCCACAACACUCAGGCGAUACAGUUUGGGGUUUACAUAAAGAACAAGGACCCGAACGUUCUCUCAGGACCACUGGGCAUCAUUGCGAGACUUGAAAACACCGUUUGUUCAAAGGAGAUCGACCUACAACAGGUCAAGCUAAAUGUCGGACCUGGUUACACAAUUUUGAUCACCAACGUAGUGAACCAGACUGAUGUUCUAUCCCAGUCUGAGGAGUUCGAAAUCAAGCCUCUUGGUUCACCGUACCCUACCCCUCCCGCCUCUAGUACUGGGGGUAGCAUACCUCCUAGUUCAUCAAACCUUUUCCCUUCGGCCCUCGCCAGUGAUGCUGGCACCGGCACUGGCACCGGAGUUGGUAACAUACCUCCCGGUUUAUCAUACGUUCUUCCCCCGGCCCUCGUCACUGGCACUGGCACUGGCACUGGCACCUCUGCUAACUCUCAAAACACCGGAAUUGGUAGCAACGGCGCGUCCUCCUGCAAAAGUUCACUCGGUUAUAGCUUCGCUGUCGUUGGUGGUUUGGUUGGUUUGAUUGUUGCUUGA